GUGUGCCCGCUCCCCCCCGCUCUCCCUCCCGGUGCAGGAGCCGUGGUGCCGUCGGGCUUGGCCGCUGCUCAGGCUGUGUGGGAGCGUAAUGGCGGCGCACCGGGGACCCUCCACGAAAUGGCUCUUCACCCGGGAGCAGCUCGACAACACGCCGUCCCGCCGCUGUGGGAUCGAGGCGGACCGGGAGCUCUCGUACCGCCAGCAGGCCGCCAACCUCAUCCAGGACAUCGGCCAGAGACUCAACGUCUCCCAACUAAUCAUCAACACUGCUAUAGUAUAUAUGCAUAGGUUUUAUAUGAUCCAUUCUUUCACCAAAUUCCAUAGAAACAUCAUUUCCCAAACUACGUUAUUCCUUGCAGCAAAAGUAGAAGAACAGCCCCGGAAGCUGGAACAUGUUAUUAAAAUAGCACAUGCCUACAUUUACCCCCAAGAGCCUCCCAUAGACGUAAAGAGCAAUGCAUUCCAACAACAGGCACAAGAAUUGGUGGCACUGGAAACCAUAGUGCUACAGACACUGGGUUUUGAAAUUACUGUAGAUCAUCCUCACACAGAUGUGGUGAGGUGUACCCAGCUAGUUCGAGCAAGCAAGGAUUUGGCUCAGACUUCCUAUUUCAUGGCUACCAACAGUUUGCACCUGACCACGUUCUGCCUGCAGUACCGUCCCACCAUCGUCGCUUGCGUCUGCAUCCACCUGGCCUGUAAAUGGUCCAACUGGGAGAUCCCCGUGUCCACCGACGGGAAGCACUGGUGGGAAUAUGUGGACCGGAACGUCAACCUGCAACUGCUGGACGAUCUCACUCAUGAAUUCCUUCAGAUCCUGGAGAGGACGCCCAGUAAACUGAAGAGGAUACGAAACUGGAGGGCGUUUCAAAACUCCAAGAAGCCAAAGACCGAUGGACAGUCCGUGGACAGUGCCUCUUCCUUAGACAGCCUCUCCAGCUCUUUCUUCCCUUCCACCUCGGACGCAGAUCUUCCCUCCCUGAACUCUUUAACCGGCCCCUUCGCCUCGUACCAGCCCAUGAGCGGGGAGGCGGCCAAGGCUUGCGGGUACGAUCAGUUCCCGCAGCAGCUCCACUCGGACUUCUCGUUGCUCAAAUCUGAAAAAUCAUCGAAGCACCAACAAUUAGCACCGAACGGAACGACUUUCUCCAGACCGCAGAAGGUGUUGACGCUGGAGAAAUACAGAGAAAAGCACGCGCCGGAGCUAAACGGAUUAAAGACUGAAACCGAAAUGUACCCCGCCUUAUCGCCUAUAGCAACGUCGCACCAUCACCACCACAAGAAACGCUCGCAGGCGCACCCCAGUGGCCAAUCAGGAGAGAGCAGGCGGGAGAAAUCGAGCUCCAAAAAGCCCAAAAUCGCCCAUAACUUCGCCGAAAAUGGCUCAGCGUCGAACGAAGAGCUCAAAAUGCGAAUUAAAGUCUCGUCGGAUUCGAAGGAGAAACACAAGGAUCACCAUCGGCAUUCGAAACACUCGCACCAACAGUACGCCGUGAACGGGAGAGGCGCCAUGGACACGUUAAUAAGACCGCAGGGGGGCGAAGUUGGUGCGGUUUCGUCGUCGAGGAAGAGGGCCCACGCCGACGCCGGGAACCACAACAACCACCACCACGCGUCGAAAAGCAGCAGGAGUUCGAAAGCGUCGAUGAAUUCGCAUUUCGGCGACGCGAAUCACGGACAUGACGGAACCAACGGACUGGUGCCCCCUAAUGGCCAACACACGGAUUACAAAAACACUUUCGAUAUGCUGGACUCUCUACUAAGUGCCCAAGGAAUGAACUUAUAACUCACACAGAAGCGCAGUGUUGAAGCUGCACUGCGUAACUUUACUGGCGGAGGGUCCGUCGAACGCUCGUCUCCAUGGAGAUCUUACUGCUUCGCCUGGAAUGUCCCAGAGUGUGACAUUAACCAGCUCGACUUUACGUUUAUUCAAUUACAGCUGGUUUUAAAGCUCAAAAGUACGUAGAAAAACAGGAAUUCUGACUGAGUGGGGUCGCCUCGCCGCAGAUCUGACGUGUAACUUGGUCUCCGUGAAGAUAGAAAGGUUUAAAGCCGCACUGUGAAACAUUCCAAUCUUCACGGAGACCAAGUUACAGCUCAGAUCUGCGGCGUUUUUUGGGGUUUUUUCGCUCUAAUGCCACCUGUAAUUGAAUAAACGUAAACUUUGAGCUGUUUAAUGCCACACUGCGGAACAUUCCAGACCACGCCACAACAUCUCCACGGAGAAAACAGUUUCACGGACCCUCCACCGGCAAAGCCACGCGGUGCACCUUUAAGAUUUUAAGGUAUUAUUAUUGAUUUAUAGAAUUAAAGAUUUUAUUUGUCUUAAGUUAUCUUGAGUUUCGCGUCAAGUUUAAAAAGGUGAUUCUCGUAAAAAGCUGUCAGUACGUUUAUGCAUAGAGCUGUGUAUUACUACUAGCUUGCAACAACACAAAACUUUAAAAAAAAAUAAAAAUACGACUUGAGGAAAACGUAAAAAUUGGCGACUUGAAGCUGUUUCGACGACGAUUUUUCGAUUUUAACGUGCAUGUUUUGAAAGGGAUGUCGUAGCUAAGAGUAUCACAGCACAGAGUUUACAAGGCAGUGUCUGUAUGUUUUUUGUACAAGUUGUUCCACUAAAAUCUCAGGUCUUGAACUUUUUUAAUUAUGAAGAAGAAUCCUCCUUCUUUGGGUUGGUUUUACCCGUCAUCAUUGCGCGCAGUUGUACUUUAAAGGCGCUUCGUAGGAGCUUUUCUGGGUGGAGAAAUGCGUCAAAUGCUUUUUUUUUGUUUGUUUUUCUUCAUGGAGAUGUUAUUGCGUCGUCUGGAAUGUUUCACAGUGUAGCAUUAAACCUUUUGUAUCUUCACGGAGAAUAGCACUUAAAAUGUUUGUAAAGAAAAACUCCCGCACACUGUCGCACUCUUGAUUUUUCUUUCAUUCGUACGACGUUUUGGUCCCUGAGGAACCGAAACGUCGUACCAACAAAAGAAAAAUCAAGAGUGAAACAGUGUGCGGGAGUUUUUCUUUACAAAUAUCUUCACGGAGACCAAACCGGACCAAGUUACGGGUCAGAUCUACGGCAAAAGUGAGCCUAAACAUGGCAUAAUUUUGCGUUUAUUCAGUUAUGUGUGUCAUUUAUUGAUCAGAAAUACCUUGAAAAACCUUCUUUCUCCACAGAUCUGACCUGUAACUUGGCCUGGGGGGGUUGGGAUCUUCAUACAGACCAAACCAGACCAAGUUACGGGUCAGAUCUGCGGAGAGGCGACGCCGCUCACAGUCAGAAUAACCGUUUUUCUAGGUAUUUUUGAGCUAUAAAACCACCUGUAAUUGAAUAAACGUGAAUUAGAGCUGUUUAAAGUCACACUGCGGAACAUUCCAGGCAGACAAAUAACGUCUCCAUGGAAACACGCAGGUGACGGACUGGACCCUCUACCAGAAACGUUACAUAAUCUACACCGUUUAACUUCUAAGGCGGAGGGUCUUCAUGGAGAUGUUAUUUCUUCUACUUCUUUACCUGGAAUGUCCCAAAGUAGGGCAUUAAACUUCUCUACAUUAUUUAUUCAAUUGCUGCGGUUUUAUAGCUCAAAAAUAGCGUAAAAAAACCCCACAUUCUUACCAUGUUUAGGCUCGCUUUUCCGUAGAUCUGACCAUUAACUUGUCUCCUUUGUGAUGGAUAGAAAGAUUUAAUGCCACACUGUGAAACUUUCCAGACAAAGCAAAAAAAAAAAAACGUUCGACGGAUUCUCCACCUGAAAAGCUCCACGGCGAACCUUUAAAACGCCUGCCAUGGAAACAGAAACGGUCUGCUUCGUUUAAAUCCACAGGCAAUACGAGACGAGCGAGUAUUGCGAGUACCAAGGCUGCAGACGAUAUAUAGAUACUACAACAACAAAAAAAAGUGCUUUUAAAAAUUCUUGGCUGGAAUCGCAACUAUAAAAGGCCUUGUAAGAAUCGUAUUUUGUCGAUUGCUACUCAAUAUAAUAAUAAAUGUUACAGAAAAAAGUCUCAAAAAUAAUAUAAGAUGUAAAUAAGACUAGUUCAGUGUAUCAUGCAGCAGACUGUGUUGAUGAUUUGUGUAUUGGGAGCCCAAAUAAAGGUGUCAAAGUAAUUCUUCAAAAUCACAA